AGCAACUUGCUUUGGCGCGAAUCCACGACUGCAAAAACGAGCGCCAGCCAAAAUUACUGCUCAACGGCAUGGGCUCAGGAAUUUCCAUCUUCAGUCAUAUGCAAUGGAGAAGCGAGUGAAUGGGAACAGUUGCGCCCGUGGUUGCGAACAAUAUUAAGGGCGAACAAAGUCGUCGCGUGGAAUGAACAAAACUAGUCCGCUUUUAGAAAUCCUCCAACCUCCGCCAUCAGGGCACAUCAUAUUUUCCUACUUUCUUAGCAGCCACCGUUUUGUCUUUUCCCGCUCCGCACGUACUUUUGACUCGCUUGGCCGGUACCAUGGCGACGUCUUCUGCUUCAAAUCGCACCGACGAGCAAGAAAAGAUGAGCACCGAAGAAGAUGAAGAGCAAGAAAUCAUUCAGCAGUUGGGUUGGAAAGCCCUUUUCGGUUUCACGACGACGGCCCAUCUUCCAACGCUUUCCGUAGGCCUCGUGGCCGCCCUCGUUGCCGCUCUUACACUCCCCGCCAUCGCCGUUGUGUACGGUCUCAUCUUUCGACAAUUUGCGGACUUCGGUGCAGGAACGAUAAGCGCGGCUGUCAUGCUUCAAAACUCCUCGAGAUAUUGCCUAUACUUGACGGCGUUUGCGGCACUCAAUUGGCUCGCCAACAGCAUAUACUUCAUAACGUUCUUGACAUUCGGUGAGCUCCAGGCACGGAGUGCAAGGAACAGGAUUUUCAACACGCUGCUCUGGAAAAACAUGGCUUGGUACGAUACGAGGGAGACUGGUGUGGCGGCGUUCCUCCCUGCUGUUCAGAUGCAGAUCCGAGACCUACAGAUGUCAGUGUCUCAACCGCUCGGAGAGGCUGUCCAAUGCUUCAUUCAGGCCAUCGGUUCGUUGGGCGUCGCCUUCUACUUUUCAUGGAAUCUCACCCUAGUCACCAUUGCCUCGGUCCCGCUUGUAUAUGUCGUCAUGGCGUACCUAUCCGGACUACUGUCGAAGAGCGCCCAUGAGCAAUCCAACAAACUUCAACAAGCUCUGAAAUACAUCACCAACGUCAUUCACAACAUUGAGCAGGUAAAAAGCUUCAACGGCGAACGAUUCGAGCUCCAGAGGUACACAAAUAUCAUCGCUCGCGCUGGGGGUCUCUACAACCGCCAGGCCAGUCUUCGGUCCGGACAGCUCGGCUUCAUGCAGUUCAUCACACUCAGCAUAUUCGUCCAAGGGUUUUGGUACGGCAGUCAUCUGGUCCAAACCGGUGAUAGGAAUGCUGGGCAGGUUGUUACUACCUUCUGGGCUGCAUUAAUGGCCGUCCAAGGCAUCACUGGGUUCUUGCCACAAUUCAUUGUCCUUCAGAAGGGCCGGGUGGCUGCAGCUAGGUUGAGAGCGUUAGUGACGCAGAUAUCCCGAACUGAUACCAACAACGAAACUGGAGGUCAGCAGCGACCCGAGCGAUGCGCCGGGGACAUUGAGUUCAGAGAAGUGUCCUUCUCGUACCCAUCACAGCCGGACCAGACUGCUUUGCGCGAUAUUUCGAUGUCGAUUGCUGCUGGCCAGACUACUUUUGUAAUCGGUAGAAGCGGAUCCGGAAAGAGUACGUUGGGUCAACUACUUGUGCGGUUCUACCAACCUUCUUCCGGUGCAAUUCGUCUCGAUGACGUUCCGCUCGAACAGCUAGAUGUUCGAUGGCUUCGUGAGCAGAUCACACUUGUCGAACAACAUAGUGUGCUAUUCAACGAGACCAUUCGACGCAACAUCACCCUCGGAAAGAAAGGCGACAACGUCAGCCUUCUCGCGAUCCAAGAAGCUGUAGAGUUUGCCAUUCUCCAGCAGAUGAUUAGAGACCUCCCAAAUGGUUUCGACACUCAGAUGGGGCUGAAGGGCAGCAGUUUGAGUGGCGGGCAGAAACAAAGGAUGGCCCUCGCUCGAGCCCGGCUGCGAAAUACACCAGUCUUGAUCCUGGACGAAUCAACAAGUGCUCUUGACUAUAUCACGAGAGUUGCUAUUCUCGACGCCAUCCGUGCUUGGCGAAAAGGCAAGACGACUAUCAUCAUCACUCACGACACAUCCCAGAUUUUGCCGGACGACUUCGUUUAUGUCAUGGACCAAGCAGAGGUACUCGAAAAGGGCACUCGAAGAGUCUUAGAGGCCGAAAGGGACUCUGCUUUUCGAACCUUCCUCAACUUGCCUGAAUUGGAUGAUGCGAACCUCGAAGUAUCUCCAGUAGACGAGACGGGCGAUAUAAUGUCGCUGUACGCUGACUCAUGGGGCAUCCCUAGUCUGCCAGGCCGCCCCUCUUCUGCUAUCUUCUUUAGGGAGUCUUUUCUGUCGCCCUUUUUGAGUCCCCGGCAGUCUUUCAUGCCGCCGUCUUCUAGGAGGCCCUCGGCAGCUUCAUCUGAGGUGGAUCUCACAUCACGUCGCGCUACGAUGCCUCCAGCACUGCCAGCGUCAGCUCCAGGCACACUUGAAGAGAAGGCGUUUGAGGAGAAAAGGAUGGCUGCAAGGCUCCGACCGCUUUCAGUGGCCUCGCAUUGCUCUUCAAUUCAAGAUAUCUCUACCCUACGACCCAUCUCAUUCACGCCAGGAAGAUUUCCGAACCACGUAGAGACGGAAAAGGGCCCCUCAUUCCGCAAAACGUUCUGGGCCAAGAUGGAAAUACGUAAGAAACGUCAACUAGCAUCCGAGGAACCCACGCCCGCCGUAAAGACUCUUUCCAUAAUGCAUAUACUUGGCUCCGUUUCGCCACGAGUCGGCUGGCCUUCUCGUCUAGGUCUAGUCGUCGCGUGUAUAUGUGCCAUCAUUCACGCAGGGGCGACCCCAGCUUUUGCCUACGUCUUCUCCCGUCUGUUAGCCACUUUCUACACUGCAGGUCGCCAACAGCAACAAGCUCAGAUAUAUGCCCUAACGAUACUCGGCAUUGCCAUCGCCGACGGCCUGGCGACCUAUGGCUUCAACGCUCUGUUCGACAUUAGCGCCCAGACAUGGGCCAACGCGCUCAAGUUGGAGUCCAUGAGGCAUAUCCUCAUGCAACCGCGCGAGUUCUUCGAUCGGGAAGAAAACAGCGUCUCACGCUUAGCUGAAUGCUUGGAUCAAUUCGCGGAGGAGGCUCGCAAUCUUCCUGGACGCUUCACCGGGAUUGCUAUUACCGUUGUAGCCAUGAUCGCCAUUGCUGUCGUGUGGAGCUUCGUCCACUGCUGGAGGCUCACCAUUGUGGCUCUCGCAUGCGGUCCAAUCCUGUUUGCUAUCACAAGAAUCUACAAUGCCAUUAGCAGCCGCUGGGAGAGGUUCUCGAACGAAGCUGACGAGCAAGUGGGACAAGUCUUGCACGAGACCUUCGUCAACAUCAGGACGGUCCGCUGUCUCGUCCUGGAAGAGGUAUUCCGCGCAAAGUAUAACGAAGCAACUGCGGGCGCGCUUAAGGUAGGCAUGAAACGAGCGAUAUACACCGGCUCCAUAUUUGGUCUCAACUACUCCGGCACUAUUUUCGUCUCCGCGUUGCUCUUCUGGUGGGGUUCCUACAUGAUUUCAAAACUGGAAUAUACGCCCACUCAGAUCAUCAUGGCGUUUAACAUCCUUAUGCUAAGCGUGGCGCACGUCAGCUGGCUCGGCAACUACAUUCCGCAGAUCAAUGUUUCGAGAGAUGCUGGAUCGCGCCUUAUGCGUCUUGCACAUCUUCCCUUGGAUUCUCAUGAGCUUGUUGGCACGCAACAGCUCUUUAACGCUGGCGAAAUUGCACUCAAAGACCUGAACUUCACCUAUCCAACACGGGAAGAACAUCCUGUUCUCCACAAAGUCAGCUUCAGCAUCGCACGCGGAAGCUGCACUGCCAUCGUGGGCACCUCCGGUUCCGGAAAGUCUACUAUCGCCGCCUUGCUCCUGAAGCUGUAUCAAACCGACAAUCCGGCAUUAGAUACCAGCCCCGACCUGACUAUAUCUGGUCAAGAUAUCAAGAAACUGCAUACCUAUACCCUCCGCUCCCGCAUAGCGAUCGUGUCUCAAACCCCUGUGCUGUUCCCAGGCACUAUUGCGGAAAACAUCACAUAUGGCCUAUCGCCAUCCUCUCAGCUUACCAAAUCCGCCAAAAUCUGCGCAGCCGCUUCCGCAGCCGGCGUCGCUGACUUCAUCGACAGUCUUCCGCAAGGGUACCAUACUGCCGUGGGCGAAGGAGGUACGGGCCUUUCUGGCGGGCAAGCCCAACGCAUCGCCAUAGCUCGAGCGCUCGUCCGCGAUCCUGACAUCUUGAUCCUGGAUGAGGCAACGAGUGCGCUGGAUGUCGAAUCCGCUAGUAUCAUCCGCGACACGAUCCAGCGACUAGUCACUGAAUCGAAACGUGACGACGCGGGUGAAGGACCUUCAGCCAGGGUUGGUGCAGCGGCGCAGCGGAGGGAUAUGACCGUGAUCAUUAUCACGCACGCGAGGGAGAUGAUGGCGAUUGCGGAGCAUGUCAUCAUGCUAGAUAAGGGGAGGGUAGUUGAGCAAGGGUCUUUCGACGAACUGAAGAGGAAGAGGGGACCAUUUUCGAGGUUAUUGAGGGGUGAGGGUACCGAGGUGCCGCUUAGGGGGCUGGGGUAGCGUCUGAAUUUGUAACUGCUAUGUCAGGAGGAGUCGGGCGAAAGUCGUCGUUUCUCGUUAGCAUUAGCUGUCGUUUAAACAUAGAACGUUGCA